AUGUCAGAUUUUCAUGAAGAGCCAUCAAUUGAUGAUGGUAAUGAGUCAGAAGAUGCAUUGGAACGACUACGGAAUAUUACAGAAAUGUUUAGUGCAAAGUCGGCUAAAGACGAGAAACAACAACAGUUGAGUAAAGUGGAGAAAUUUGUACCAAGUGAAAAGAUCAAAAAUACCUUUCAAAAAUUCGAAGAUAUCGGAGCAUCCAAUGGUCAUUUUCAAAGAGAUGAUGACGAUGAAGAUGAGAAUGAUAAUGACGAUGAAGGAAUCCGGCCAAAUGGCGUUAUUCGUUCUGCACGCAUAAAAAAAGCCUCCAAAGAACACGUUCCUUAUCAUGAAAUGGCGGAGGUGAAAGAUAAAUUUGAAAAAGGUUUAGUGGAUGUCAAUAAGCCUCGUGCGGAAAAACGCUUAGACUUUCGCAUACAAAGUGGAUUGACAUCAUCGAAGAAGCAAGCUUUUGAGCAGGGAGAAUUUGAGCAAGAAGUUGAAUCACAUGUAAACAAAAUUCAGAUUGAAACUGAUCUGGUUGCCGGUUUAACAUCAUCAAAAAAGCAAGCAUUCGAACAACAACAACAACAACAACAUAUGGAGAAUGACGCAAAUCAGAUGAAUAGAACGAUCAUCAUGGAACGUGAUGCAUUAAUUGGUGUAGCAAUGGAGAAAAAAGCAAAAUUCGAAAGUGGGGAGUUAGCAGCUGAUCGACCGAAGAUCUCCGGACGUCCAGACGAAAUCGAAACCAUCGUUGGAUCAGGUCUUGCACAAGCGAAACGCUCAGAAAUCUUAUCAAAGAUCGAAAAUGAACAACAAGUUCAACGUUCUACCGAUCGUGUUAUUGAUAUCGAUACAGAACAAGGUUUAGCUAUUGCUCGACGCGAGCAAUUAGCAUCAUUAGCUAAUAGUGAAUUCAAAUCGACAGAGAAACAUAUUGACGUAACUGCAGGAUUGGCAACAGCAAUUAAAGAACAAUAUAUAGCUGAUGCAAGUAAAGUAGCAGCUACGGUAACAAAAGCACCUGUUGUCACGAACGAUAUCGAAAGUGGCUUGGCAAAAAAUCGAGCGAUAGUAUUUGAAAAACCCGAUGAAACUACAGUUAGACGAACAGUGGAUAUCGAUAGUGAACUUCGCGAGCGUGGCGUUGCGAAAGAGCGUGUAGCAAUGUUUAAAAAUCUAGAAAAUGGUAGCCAAUCAUCAACAAACGGUGGUUCUGGCGAUACGAAGAUUCGUGUUGACCGUGUCGAUUUUUCUGACACGCUGAUCAAUAUGAGUGUGAGAUUGAAAAUAAAAUCGACAAGUUUGGAUAUACCCAACGUUCCAGUGACAUCAGAUGAAGAACACGGCAAUGUCGUACGUGAAAGUGAUAAAUGUGAAGAAAUUUACUUUGAAAAAGGUCAAACAAAACAGUUAGUCGAACAAUGGAAAACGAAACAAAAUUCACCCGAUCGUGAAACAUCUGAACCGCCAACUAUAUCUGAUACAGAAAUCGUCCAACAAGGUAAAGCGAAACAUCUUGUUCAAAUGUGGAAAUCUAUCGAUAAAGAAAAUACUCCACCACCUGAGCGACGUGGGCUACGUGCGUUCACUCCCCCAGCUGAUAACGAACGGCGUUUACCGCCACCUUCGGAUAAUGAAGAAACCGAUUCUCAUACACUCAAUUGUACGGAUGACAAAGCCAGUAUUGAAUCGGGUUAUGCCAAAGCUGUUCGCGAAAGAAGGGAGAUGAAUAUCGGAUUUCAGAAUAUCCUUUCUAUCACUCGGACUAUACAUACUAACGAUGAUGAAUUUUUACAAAAUGCUGAACAGAAUAACACAAUUAGUAAAAGAAAGACACUUAAACAAAUUACACCACCACCCGAAUCACCAAGUGCCCAACGGAGAAAAUCAUCAGCAUCACCGACUGAUGGUGUGAGCACGACAGAUUCUUCGAACAAUACUGAAGAAAUCAUCUCAAUCAAAGGUCAAACAAAGUCGCUGAAAAGUCGUUUCAUUGAACUUGAACAAGAUGCGAUGAAAGUCGAAACAGCAUCAUCAAAAAUUAAAUACGUACCAAAACGUUUCGUGAACACUCCUGCACCUAAACAAUUACCAAGCGACGCUAUCACGGAUCCAACAAAAUGUUCGGCAUGUAACAAAACAGUCUAUGCAAUGGAGAAGAUUGAAGCAGAUAAGAAAGUGUAUCACAAAUCAUGUUUUAAAUGUAUGCAUUGCAAAUCGAUUCUAAAACUUGGUAAUUAUACAGCAAACGACGGACAGAUUUAUUGCAAACCUCAUUUUCUUCAAUUAUUCGCGAUCAAAGGAAACUAUUCCGAAGGCUUUGGUCUAAACGAUCACAAAACACGAUGGUCAGCAACAAAUGGUCCAGAAUCGACAUCGUUCACUGAAAAUUGA